AUGGCAGACCACGCCGCAGCAGCUGGAGAUGUGUGGCCCAUGUUCCAGCAAGAAUACAUGGACGUCUUUGCUGCCGCUUGUUCCUCCAACAGCAAGCUGGGUGCGAGCCGGCAUGUUGCAGAACAGCUGACACAGGUGACGUCUGUGCAGGCCUCCAUUGGUGCUUUUGCGGCCCUGAGAGCUGACGGCAGUGUGGUCGUUUGGGGUCAGAGAGGUCCUGGCGGUGAUUGCACGCAUGUGCAGGACCAGCUGAAAGAUGUGCGUGAGAUCCAAGCUGCCGCUCGUGCUUUUGCAGCCAUCCGGGCUGAUGGUUCAGUGGAGGAGUUGAAGAACGUGAAGGAAGUUUGGGCUACGCUGGCGGCCUUUGCCGCGUUGAGAUUGGACGGUUCGGUGGUGACCUGGGGCAGCGCUGAGGCGGGGGGCGAUUCAUCGAAGGUGCAGCAUCAACUGACAGGCGUGCUGACCGUGCGAGCUUCUCUGAAGGGCUUCGCAGCUCUACGUGCCGAUGGCAGCGUGGUAACCUGGGGGCACGGCCUUUGGCGAGCCAGUCAGACCAUCCUGGAUCAGCUGUGGGGCGUGCGAGCAAUUUAUGCCUCAAUGGAUGCUUUUGCAGCUGUGCGAGAUGAUGGGAGCGUGGUCACUUGGGGGGUCGACAACGGUAGCGCUGUGGAGGCGGAGUUGCGCGACAUCCUGGAGCGUUGUGCUCGGGGCUGUUCUGUCGGGGUUCAGCUCUCCGACAUCAUGGGGCUACUCAUGGGAAAAUUGGGCUGGGCGUGGGAGUUGUGGGAUAUGGGAGGUGACGAAGCUUCCCAAAUCAGACGGGCCGCUCUGAGUCGCAUUGAUAUGUACUUAGCCACCUUCACGUAUUCUGGUUCUGUGGCGGGCGCACUCUUCGGCGCUGCAGAGUCUGCGCAGUGA